CGGCUCGCCUUGACGUGCAGCAGCAACCCCCGACCGGGCUCAUGAGGUUCUACCCCAGUGCAGUGAGGUAAUCGCGUGGCCGGCAUGUCGUGCUGCUGCCCCGUCGAAGAAGCCACCCCGCCGCCAGAAGAUGAUUGUCUAACCGUGCGCAAGUGGUGGUGUUUUGUGUUAUCGAGUAUCUUUACGUUUCUAGCGGGCUUGUUGAUUGUUCUGGUGUGGAGGGCGUUUGCGUUUCUGUGCUGCCGGAAGGAACCCGAACUAUCUCCAAAUGACCCGAAACAGAAGGAACAGAAAAGUGCGAGGCAGGGCAAGCAGGAGUUCGAGGGGACUUUCAUGACCGAGGCCAAAGACUGGGCCGGAGAGUUGAUUUCUGGACAAACUACGACUGGCAGAAUUUUGGUUGUUUUGGUGUUCAUAUUAAGUAUAGCAUCGCUCAUUAUCUACUUCAUUGAUGCAUCAAGUGAGGUGUUUAUUGCUGCAAGUGACAAGUUAUGGUUCAUGCUGGAGAUGUACUCAUUUGUAGAUUAUUUCACAAUACCUCCGUCUUUUGUUUCCAUUUAUUUGGAUAGAACAUGGAUAGGUUUAAGGUUUCUUAGAGCAUUACGGCUGAUGACAGUGCCAGAUAUUUUGCAGUACCUCAAUAUUCUGAAGACUUCAAGUUCCAUUCGCCUUGCCCAACUGGUGUCUAUUUUCAUUUCUGUAUGGCUCACAGCGGCAGGUAUAAUCCAUUUGUUAGAAAACUCUGGUGAUCCUUUAGAAUUCAACAACGCUAACCAUUUGUCCUACUGGACUUGUGUAUACUUCCUCAUUGUCACCAUGUCCACUGUGGGAUAUGGAGAUGUGUACUGUCAGACCGUCCUUGGAAGAACAUUCCUUGUAUUCUUUCUACUAGUUGGCUUGAUAUCCACUCUAGUUCUAAUAAGAACAACUGUAUGUCUUUUUCAUGAUGCCACUAGAAAGAUAUUUUUCAUAUCUAUUCUAACAAAGUGUGUUCAAAAACAAAGUUAUAUACAUCAGCACAUUGUUGUCUGCGGGCACAUCACCUACGAAUCUGUAUCGCACUUCCUGAAAGAUUUCCUCCAUGAGGAUCGAGAGGAUGUGGAUGUGGAGGUGGUGUUCCUGCACAGGAAAGAGCCAGAUCUUGAGCUGGAAGGGCUGCUCAAACGGCACUACACAACUGUCGAGUUUUUUCAGGGAACUAUGAUGAAUGCUGUAGAUCUAGAGAGAGUUAAGGUACAUGAAGCAGAUGCAUGUUUGGUGCUAGCUAAUAAAUAUUGUCAAGAUCCUGAUGCAGAAGAUGCUGCAAAUAUUAUGCGAGUCAUAUCAAUAAAAAAUUAUUCAGAUGACAUACGUGUCAUCAUUCAACUAAUGCAGUACCAUAAUAAGGCCUAUUUAUUAAAUAUCCCAUCAUGGGACUGGAAGCAAGGUGAUGAUGUAAUAUGUUUAGCUGAGCUUAAGUUGGGUUUUAUUGCUCAAAGCUGCUUGGCUCCAGGGUUUUCUACUAUGAUGGCAAAUUUGUUUGCAAUGAGAUCAUUUAAAACAUCUCCAGAUACCCAAGCAUGGCAAAAUGACUAUCUUCAAGGAACUGGCUGUGAAAUGUACACUGAAACUCUUUCUCCAUCAUUCACCGGAAUGACAUUUCCUCAAGCAAGCGAGCUUUGUUUUACAAAAUUAAAACUCUUACUUCUGGCAAUUGAAAUCAAAGGGGAAGAUGGAAGCGAUAGUAAAAUUUCAAUUAAUCCUCGUGGAGUUAAGAUACAAGCAAACACGCAAGGUUUCUUCAUCGCCCAAUCUGCUGAUGAAGUCAAAAGUAAAUAUUUGAGAGCAAUUGUUCUUGACUAUAAGCUUGUGAACGAUAGUAAUGUACAGUUUUUGGACCAAGAUGAUGACGAUGAUCCUGACACCGAGUUGUACCUUACUCAACCUUUUGCUUGUGGCACAGCAUUUGCUGUCAGUGUCUUGGAUUCACUGAUGUCUACAACAUAUUUUAAUCAGAAUGCUCUCACAUUAAUACGCUCUCUUAUUACUGGAGGUCUGUACAGGUUUUCGUAUUGAUGCAGUUUGACCCAGGCCUGGAAUAUAAACCAAACCGUGGUGCGAGAGGGAAGGAUGACAACUCCUGACUGCUGCUAUGUAGCGCUCUCACUGAUGGACCAUACUCCUAUAUAUAAAUCACUUCAUGCUUUGUCUGCACUUGUUGCAUUUGCGGGUUAAUUACAUAAGGGAAAAAUAUCUCCAACUUCUUGACUACUCAAACUAAGAAAUUAACUCUGCAACUCUGAGAAAUGGUAUGCAAAUAAUUCAUAGCCAUUAAUUGUAUUGCAGUCAUAGAUACUGUCAAUCUGGAACCUCCAUGCAUGUUGUAAUGUAAUGUAAAAUAUAUUUCUACAUAGAAAACAAAAUUGUUGGAAACAGUAUCAAAUGAUGAUUGUUGCUUUUUAAUAGUUAAGAAUAGUGAAAAUUAAUCAUGGUUGAAUUCAUGAUUAAGAUAAAUUAUUUCCCUGUUAAUAUGCAACAAUCAUUGAAUGGCAUUUGUAUGUAUUACGUGGAUUACCACAUGAAAAGAUAAUGGUAAAGAAAAGCCCAAAGCCUACUUUAGAGGAAAUUGACUUUUUGUAUGCAUGGGUGUGUGUAUCUGAUUUUGUAAUUUCUGCCUUGUGUGUGUUUUUAAAACAAGUUGACUUUGAAAUGUAAGAAUGAAUGAGUAUUAAGCUUGAAUGUCAUCAGAUAUAGGAAAGCAUGUGUGAUAUCCUAAUCUUUUUCCUCAAACAUGGUACAAAUAAAACUAAUCAACAAGCAUGGAAAUGUAAAUUAUGAAUAAUUAUGUUGGACAGGCUCACUAAUUAUAGUCUUUCUGUAAUUUUGUCCAGAAGUAUAUUCAAAAUAGCUGGUUUGGUUGGCUGUGAUACCAAAAUAUCUUUUAAAUAUCUGCCCAAACCUAUUGUAACGUGUGUUAAUAUAACUCCGAACUUCCUGUCAUUUUUGAAACAAUUCAUCAAGGAAAAUAUGAGAUGCAUUUUUAAGAUGUACAUCAUAUAUGCAAACUAAUUUUUUAGCCUGAGUUCAAAUUUAUAUUUUGGAGCACUUCUUUUUUUGAUUAUCUGUCAAAAAAUAAUAAUUCAUCUUUUUCAUUAGAUAUUUCAAAUUGAAUUUUAUUUUGUCAAAUUAAUGGACAGUUCUUUAUUUUUCACGUGAUCAUCAUAAUUUUUACUCUAUCUUAUAUUUUGUUGAGUACAGAUACAAAAAAAUCUUUUCCCUGAAAUAUAUAAUAAUUGUAGUUCUGUAUCUUUAGCAAAUUUGCUUUUCCAUUAGAUGUUUUCUUCCAUUUGACUGUUUUUCUUCAGUAUUCGUAAUUCGAAUUAUGUUCCCUAAAUAUUUAAUUUGAAUGCCAGUGGCAGUGGAAGAGCCAUCAGUCGAACAAACUUUAUUAAUCUACAAUACUAGAUUACCGAAAGUCAAUUACAUGUUAUAGAGCUAUAUGCUCCUUGUAUUCUACAUUCUAAAUUUCAGGAACUUCUGUAUUGCAACAUACCUGUUGAACCCUUAAUUAUCUUCAGCUCUUAGUGAUGUAAAACAUAUUAUUGUGAAAUAUAUAUCAUUUUUCCAACCAAGACUUUGUAAAGCAAAUUAAAGACUAUCAACAUUGAUUUAGAUGGAGAAAUUGAUGAGCAAAAUAGAAUGAAAAUAUGGCUAUUUGUGUUUGUUUUUUUACUAUAGAUUACUUUGAUAAUAUUCUCUGAGUCACUUUGAUAUAUUGUCUAUGUGUGUAAUUCAGUAGACAAUCAGUUUUUUUAUGAGGCAUGUUUGUAUAUACCCUGUAUUCCAAAACUUGAAAACCAGUUUCCAAUCUAGUGUGUUCUCUUUUUUGCAAAAUUUGUAAUAAUUUUUCCAUUUUAUUUUGUUUAAUCACUUGAAGUUUUUUUUUCCUUCAGUAUAUUCCUCCAUCAUUUUUCUCUUGAACUUCUUGUAAUAUGACUUCUUUCUGCAUUUAUCUAUUAAUUUGUUUAUCUGCACAUUAUUGAGUCAAAUCUUUCAGCACAUUAUCUUCAUGUUUUGAAAUCAUUGCACUUUGCUGCACUACAAUAUUUUAAUUUUGUGUUGCCUUAAUAUUCAAGUCCUUCAACAUGUCAGAGUCAUUAAAGUCCUUAAAAUUUACAAUAACACUACAGUUUGAGAAAU